AUCCCAACCGUUUGGGCUUUACUUCUCCUCCACGCCCCGUCGGGCCGCAGCCCUGUCGCGUCGUCCUCCUCAGACCCAGCCACGCACCCAUCACGAGCACACGGCCCAAGCCUGUCCCAACUCCCAAGGUGACUGGAAGCCGCCCGAGUCGUCCAGACGCCCGACCGCGCCGCCUCCCCUCACCCCUCGGCCGGAUCGGCGAAUCCGGCUUACUACGCCGCCGCACGCGCGGGGCGCGCUCCUCCGAGCUUGCUGCGCCGUACUCCACCUUCUCCGAGCGGUCGCAGCGGUGCGCCGAGUCGUCGCGCACUGGGUAGCAUCAACCUAGGGCUUCCUGGAAUUUGAACUUGUCUACAAACUCCAAGAUGUUCUCUGCUCCAAGCAACAGUUCUUUGGCUCUUGCAGCCCCACGACCAGGAAUGGAGCUGGCUAACGUUCAACAGCAUCCGAAUCAAGCUCUUGGUUCUGGUGGAAAGCAACGCACAUCCAAUCUGGAGGCACCGAUAAUGCUACUUACAGGUCACCAGAGUGCUGUCUACUGCAUGAAGUUCAACCCUUCUGGAACUGUGAUAGCAUCAGGAUCUCAUGACAAAGAUAUCUUCUUAUGGUAUGUCCAUGGUGAAUGUAAGAACUUCAUGGUACUGAGAGGGCACAAGAAUGCUAUUCUUGACCUUCAGUGGACUACUGAUGGGACCCAGAUCAUCUCCGCAAGUCCUGACAAGACUCUGAGGGUGUGGGACGUUGAGACUGGCAAACAAGUUAAGAAGAUGGCUGAGCACUCAUCGUUCGUCAACUCAUGUUGCUUAGCACGCAAGUGGCCUCCUCUUGUUGUGAGUGGUUCAGAUGAUGGGACAGCAAAGCUAUGGGACUUGCGUCAGAGAGGUGCGAUACAAACUCUUCCCGACAAAUACCAGAUUACAGCCGUGAGCUUCUCAGAGGCAGCAGAUAAGGUAUUCACCGGUGGCCUGGACAACGAUAUCAAGUGGUGGGAUCUUCGCAAGAAUGAAGUAACAGAAUACCUAAAAGGACAUCAGGACAUGAUAACUGGAAUGCAGCUUAGUCCUGAUGGGUCUUAUCUCCUGACCAAUGCAAUGGACAAUGAGCUCAAGAUCUGGGAUUUGCGCCCUUACGCACCAGAGAACCGGAACAUCAAGACCCUUACAGGCCAUCAGCAUAACUUUGAGAAGAAUUUAUUGAAGUGCAGUUGGUCACCGGAUAAUCGCAAGGUCACUGCUGGGAGUGCCGAUCGUAUGGUCUACAUCUGGGAUACAACAUCAAGGCGUAUCUUGUACAAGCUUCCUGGGCACAACGGUUCUGUCAACGAGACUGCUUUCCAUCCCACUGAGCCGAUUAUUGGAUCUUGCGGCAGCGACAAGCAGAUUUAUCUUGGGGAACUUUAGAUGACUAUCACAUUUUGAGCUGGAAAUUAUCGUGAUACUUCGUUUAUGAAGGCAAAAAGAAGCCGUUGACUUCCUGUUGCUUUGCCUGAGAAUUCGAAUGCUGGAUUGACUGGCUAGGAUUUGUCCCUUGUAGAUUGUAUCAGGGCCAGUUGGUCUACCGUUUAAAAACUGCUCCAUGUUUUGUACCUGCUGGCUUUCCAAGUUCCAACGUUAAACCUGUUAGAUGCUUGAAGAUCGCUAAUUGCGUGUACUGCCUCUAGAACCUUACUCUUUAAAACCUGCUUCCUCUCAAAAAUAUGUUACUGUUUUGGCUAA